AUGGCGAAGCAGAGAAAGAGCUUGCCUGUUCCGAGACUGUCAUCGGGCUCGACAAGCUCGUCUUCAGCAGCAUCAAACAUCGAAGUUGGUGGUAGCGCGCGUGAGGGCUCGCUCCCAUCAGCUGCUCUCGCUCUCAUGUCUACACCCCCUACCAGUGUCUCCGAUCACGUCGGGUCGACAAUCGACAAGGAGGAGAUGAAUACGACAGACUCAACAGACUUGACGCGUAGAUCGUCGCGCCGCAAGUCUGGCCCUGCCUCCUACAACUUGGGUGUUCUGUCUGGCGUACGCCGUACUUCCGCCGGCCGUGAAAUGGCCAACGAGAAGGCUGCUCGCAGCUUUUCCGGAGACACACUCGUCGAAGACGCUCCUGGACCUUCAUCUAGCACGCCCAACCGCCAAUUGUUGAACGAUGGCGUCAAGGCUCUGAACAUGGACUGGGAGAUGGACAACCUGCCUGGUGACAACGCUUCCGAUCUGCCCGACAGGAAGAAGCGCCGACACAGGUCUUCUAUGGACAUGCUGAUCGAGACGACCGGCCGUGCUCUCGGUAGAGUAAAGAGCGUGCUCGGAAAGCGUGAGCGAGAAGCAAGUGAAACGGACAAGACGGACCGCAGACAGAGCCGCCGGCUGCUAGCCAUUGAGGGUUCCAAGGACACAAAGGAGGAGACACAACAAGAUGAUAGUGUUGUGGAGCGACCCGAGCGUGUCGAGAGGCCCAGCAAGCUUGCUCGUCUUUCGUCAAGCUUUAGCAUUACCAUGCCACAAGUCUUCGCUGCCAAAAACAAGAAGCCAACAAAGCGCUAUGAGACCCAAGGUCUAUAUGCUGGUCAGACCCUUACAAGCUACGAUGACCAAUCUAUCCCUAAGCCUUCGAGGAAGCCUACCGGCAAAGCUCGACCUCUAUCAACCUCCUUCCUCCCUGAUGCUACCCAGCCUCAACAGCGCAACAGUCUUGUCGCCUUGCCCAUGUUUUCCUAUCUCGAGAGAGAACGACCUUUCACCAUCCCUUACGACGUCUUUGCUCCUGUUUAUCACCAACGUGGCGAGGAGAAGCCGAAGGAUUGGGGCAAGGUUCACAAAAACCGUUUGGUCGGCGAUGCUAUCCACUAUUGGAAGAAGCCUUACUUCGAAAGAUCUCUUUGUAUUUGCACACCGCCAGUCCCUGGCUCUUCAGAGCCCGGGUGCGGUGAACACUGCCUCAACCGUGCCAUGGACUAUGAAUGCGACUCGAACAACUGUGGUCUUGGAGACCUAUGCACCAACCGCGACUUUGCAGGACUCGGAGUCCGUAUGGAGCGCGCCAACAAGGCCGACAAAAAGUCUGCAUACUACCUCUUCAAUGCUGGAGUUGAGGUCAUCAAGACCCCGGACCGAGGCUUCGGUGUGCGCGCUUGCAGAUCAUACGAGCCAAACGAGAUCAUCACUGAGUAUACUGGCGAAAUCAUCACGCCCAACGAGGCUGGCAGGAGAAUCAGGGAAGACUACAAGGAUAAAGCCAUGGAGUUUGAUCAAGGUAUGAUUCUUGAUGCUACCAAGGGCUCCAUUGCUCGUUUCGUCAACCAUUCUUGCGAACCCAACUGCAAAAUGCUCAAACGCUUUGUCGGUGGUCAACCACGUAUGGCACUUUUCGCGGGUGAUCGUGGCAUCCUGACCGUNCCUUACUCUGUUAAGAACGUUCAGGAGUGCCGCUGUGGUGCUACUAACUGCCGUGGCGUCUUGGGUCCAAGACCGAAGGAUGCCAACAAGCCAGUAACAAAGAAGGAAAAGGAAGGAAUGGCUGCUGGCAUGAAGCGCAAGGUGGGCGAAUUNUUUGGCGCCACUCCUGCAGCCGAAGUGGACAAGGACCUCUUCAAGAAGCGCAAAGUUCCUCAGAUGUCCAAGGGCUGGGUUUACGUCGAUGACACCAUGGAAAAGGCCAGAAUCGAGGAAGCCCGCAAGGACAAGGAAAUCGCACGCCUCCAGAAGCAGGGUAUCCUACCUGCAGAUCUCGAAGUCAAGAAGACGACAACGACCACCACCGUUACCAAGGACAAGAAUGGAGCCAGGCGCUUCGUUCAGAAGGUGACCACCAGGAUGACUGGCCACAAGCCAAAGGCGACACCAGAAAAGAAAGUACANAAACUUGGAAGACUCUCAUCCAUCAAGAAGAAGGACAGAGAGACACCGAGAGCGAUUGAUGCUGGGGUCGCUGGCUCGCGAGUGACCAAGUCGGCUCGUCGCAGCAUGGACAACAAGAGCAUUCCCAAAGGCUCAAUGAAGGUCAGACCAGUGACCAAAGACGCGGUCAAGAUGGCUCGCACCAUGAGAGCAGUCAAGGCGGACGAUUAA